AUGGAAUACUUGGAGUGUAAGUUAAGUGACGAGACUCAUAAAGCGGACGUGGAUGUGAAGCUUGAUACCCAAGUCAUCCUGGGGAAGGGUAGUUUCAAGUAUCUCUGGUCUAUAAUCCAGGGUAACAAGGAGAUUGAUGAUGAGAGAAUGAAAGUAGCAGAAAUAAGGAUGCUAAGAUGGAUAUGUUGGCAUACGAGGAGAGAUAAGUUUAGGAACGAAGUUAUUCGGCACAAAGUUGGAGUGGCCCCUGUGGAGGACAAGAUGCGGGAGUUGAGGCUGAGAUGGUUCGAGCACGUACAGAGGAGGAGUGUGAAUGCUCCUGUUAGGAUGUGUGAGAGGUUGGCCGUGGUGGGUCUGAGAAGGGGUAGAAGAAUACUGAAGAAGUAUUGGGGAGAGGUGAUUAGGCAAGAUAUUGCGCUACUUCAGCUCACUGAGGCCAUGAUCUAG